AUGUCCGACCUCAAGGAGGAUGGCGAGGUGCCCCACGACUCCCACAAGGAGGCCGGCGCCUUCGAGAUCGACGAUGUCCACGAGCAGAAGCUGGAGAACCAGAUGAAUGAAGCGGCCAUGGACUCCGAGCUGCAACUGCUAGAGGAGCAGCUGCAGACGUUGCCCAAGUCGCGAUUCGAGCUCACCCUGUCCAACCCUGCUCUCUUUACCUAUCUUCUGGUCGCUUUCGCCUCGAUGGGAGGUCUCCUCUCUGGUCUUGAUCAGUCCCUGAUCAGUGGUGCCAACCUCUAUCUCCCUCGUGAUUUGCACCUGUCCGAUUCGAUGAACAGUCUGGUUAACGCUGGUAUGCCUCUUGGUGCCGUCGGCGGUGCUCUGAUUCUGUCCCCCGCCAACGAGUAUCUUGGCCGUCGCAUGGCUAUUAUUGUUUCUUGCAUUCUGUACACUAUUGGUGCUGCCCUGGAGGCUGGCGCUAUUGACUUUGGCAUGAUUUUCGCUGGUCGUUUCAUCCUUGGUAUGGGUGUUGGUUUGGAAGGUGGUACUGUUCCUGUCUACGUUGCGGAGUGUGUCCCGCGCAAGAUCCGUGGUAACCUCGUCUCGCUCUACCAGCUCAAUAUUGCAUUGGGUGAAGUACUCGGAUAUGCCGUUGCCGCCAUGUUCGUCAGCGUCCCCGGUAACUGGCGCUACAUCCUCGGUUCUUCUCUGAUCUUCUCCACCAUCCUCCUCGUCGGUAUGCUGUUCAUGCCCGAGAGUCCCCGUUACCUGAUGCACAAGGGUCAAGAAGUCGCAGCCUACGGCGUGUGGAAGAAGAUUCGCGGCUUCAACGACCUCGAAGCCAAGGACGAGUUCCUGGGCAUGCGCCAGGCCGUCACUGCCGAGUGCGAGGAGCAGUCCAAGACCAAGCAGUACGCCUGGAUGGACUUCUUCACCGAGCCCCGUGCCCGCCGUGCCAUCGUCUACGCCAACAUCAUGAUCGUCCUCGGCCAGUUGACCGGUGUCAACGCCGUGAUGUACUACAUGUCCACCCUGAUGACGAACAUUGGCUUCGACGAUAAGACCUCCGUUUUCAUGUCCCUCGUUGGCGGUGGCGCGCUUCUCAUCGGCACCAUCCCCGCCGUCUUGUACAUGGAACGCUUCGGCCGCCGCUACUGGGCCAACGUCAUGUUGCCCGGUUUCUUCGUCGGUCUGAUCCUCGUCGGCGUCGGCUACACCAUCGAUUACACUAAGUACCCCGCCGCUGCUCAGGGCGUCUACCUAACCGGUAUCAUCUUGUACAUGGGCUUCUUCGGCUCAUACGCUUGUCUAACCUGGGUCGUCCCCUCGGAGGUAUUCCCCACUUACCUCCGUUCCUACGGUAUGACCACCGCCGACGCGAACCUGUUCCUGUGCUCGUUCAUCGUCACCUACAAUUUCACCCGCAUGAUGGAGUCGAUGACCCGUAUUGGUCUGACGCUCGGCUUCUACGGUGGUAUUGCCGUUGUUGGCUGGAUUUACCAGAUUAUCUUCAUGCCUGAGACUAAGAAUAAGUCUCUUGAGGAGAUUGAUGAGCUUUUCUCGAAGCCUACUUCGGUUAUUGUUAAGCAGAACCUUAAGCAGACUUCGCAGGUUAUCAAGGACCUGGCGCAUUUGCGUCUGCGGAAGGUGUUCUCGCCGGAGCCUUACCGUUAA